AUGAACUUCUCUUGUCCAAUUUUGGCUCCCCAUACCAUCUCCAACAGUUUAGUCAAAGACCCACGCAAGCUGCAGCUCAUCAAUGCGCUUGUUUCCCACCUCCACACCUUCGCCCGCGAGACUUCGCUAGACCACGCGGAAUGGACGAAGGUUGUCGAGUUCUUGACGCGCGCCGGCAAGGAGAGCACGGAUUACAAGAACGAAUUCAUCCUCCUCAGCGACAUCAUGGGCUUGAGCGCGCUGGUGGACGAGCUGACGCACCCCAAGCCAGCGGGUUGUACUGACAGUUGCGAGGCCGGACCUUUCUACGUGCCGAAUGCGCCAGAGGUGCCGUCAGGAGCCUCGCUUGCGAAAGUCGGUACUACAGGGGAGGCAAUGUUUUUCAACGGUACUGUGAAGAAUACGAAGGGUCAAGGAAUCAGAGGCGCUAAGAUCGAUGUCUGGCAGGCAGACGGUGAUGGCAUCUACGAUGUGCAGUACCCCGGCACUACGGAGGCCAACGACCGUGGCAAGAUAGUCGCGGAGGACGACGGCACUUUCUGUUACCGCGGCAUUCUGCCGACAGCCUACCCGAUUCCAAGUGAUGGUCCUGGCGGUGACCUCUUGCGUACACUCGGUCGACACCCACAUCGGGCUGCGCACAUUCACUUCAUGCUAAAUGCGCCAGGAUACGAUGAUCUCACCACCGCACUGUAUCCGUCGCAUUCUCCGUUCCUUGGCACGGACCCUGUUUUCGCGACAAGGAAGUCGCUUAUCUGUCAGGUUGUUGAGGAGCGCGACCCCAAACGCUGGGAGGCGAUGGGGUUCAAAAACCGAGAGGUCACGAGAGGUCGGGUAUGGGUAUGGUCAUUCGGCUUCGUCCUGGCAUCGGUGGAGGAGGUCGAGGAGUUUAAGCGUCAACGCGCAAAGGCGAAACUGUAG